UUCAUGUGAUCAAGGAGCCAGGAGUGGAGCUGGAGGAAAUCUCAUGGUCCUUUGGCCCUGGCUUAAAAUACAGAGUCUUGCUGCGAGUCCAUAACGGGUCAGAAGGGACUCCAACCUGGGUCAACCUCCAGGACAAGUACAAGCAGAGGGUCCAUGUGCCCAACAUGAUGUCCCUGAGGAUUGAGAACUUGACCCCUGAGGAUAGUGGGUACUACCGGGCUCGAGCCAGCUUCACUGGUGGAGUGGAAUCUACCCAGAUUUUCCACCUCACUGUCAAUGAGCCCGUGCCCCAUCCCCAGAUCCUGGUCCGGUCACUGUCCAUCACAGCAGGCUGGUGCAAUGUCACCCUGGAGUGCAGGGCUGUGCAGGUCACAGAGGACCUGAAUGUGACCUGGGAGAGCAAGGGCCUUCCCAGGGAGCUGGAAUGGAGAGAGACACUGGGACCAGCGCCCAACUCCUGGACCCUGACUGUGAGCCUGCCUUUGAACCAGCCCAAUGCCAGCCUCACCUGUGUGGUCAGCAACGCCGAGGACCAGAAAACUGUCACUUCAGCCCUUGGGGAGGUCUGUGCCCAUGUUUCAGGUGAACACGGCUCGGCAGGCACCCUGGAAGCCAUACUAGGGGCCCUCGUGGCCGUGCUGUUGAUCCUCGGGGUUGGACUGUACCUUUGGAAGACACAUGAGAAGAAGAAGAAGAUGGAGAUUGGAGGAGGUGCAGAAUUGCAAGAGGAACACAGGAACCAGGAUGGUGACAUCCGGUUUGCUGAGCUGAGCCAGCAGGAGUCUCGAGGGCGCAGGGACAAGGGUAUGAGUGAACGACAUCUAGAACAAAAGGAGCCUCUCACUACUGUCUACAGUGCGGUCCAGAGGCCAGGCCUGGCCAUGAAGAUGAUUUAA